UUCUCUCUCUCUCCGAUCGCUUCUCCGACGCAGAAAUGACGAAGCUCAGGAAGCUCGGUCGGCCGACGGGCCACCGUAUGUCCAUGCUCAGGACUAUGGUCUCUCAGUUGGUGAAGCACGAGCGCAUUGAGACAACCGUCGCAAAGGCUAAAGAGGUCCGUCGUCUUGCUGAUAAUAUGGUUCAGCUUGGCAAAGAGGGCACCCUCGCCGCUGCAAGGCGGGCUGCUGGAUUUGUGCGGGGAGAUGAUGUUCUUCACAAACUUUUCACAGAAUUGGCUUAUCGAUACAAAGACAGAGCUGGUGGAUAUACAAGAGUGCUUCGCACACGCAUAAGAGUUGGUGAUGCUGCGCCGAUGGCCUAUAUCGAGUUUAUCGACAGAGAGAACGAGCUUAGGCAAUCGAAACCAGCAACACCUCAACCGCCACCUCGAGUGCCUCUGGAUCCAUGGGCGAGAUCCCGUCUCACUCGGCAGCUCGCACCACCUGAGGAGGAGAAGAGCUCUGACUCCGAACUAUGAUGGUAGACUCGUCACUGUAAGCCAUCAAAUAUCACAUUUUUUGGCCAUGUAUUUUCCUCUGUUGCGAUUGCCAUAUGUUUCAGAAGUAAAAAAUAAAGCUUUAGACGUUUUAGUUGGAGUAAAGACAUAGACUUUUCGCACAUGGGCUUACUACCAAACCCGGAGAAUCUAUGCGUGUAGUGGAACCCAUGUCUACUCCUAGUCAUUAGGUGAAAGCUGUUUGUUUGUAAGAAAACCCUAGUCCGGGGGUUGUUAACAGUGUGUAAUGGCUAUUUUAGGUUUCAAAUAUUUGACAUAA